GUAAUUAAUAAUUUGCAACCUUUUCAAGAAAAAUUACAACUUUUCGGUCACCACGGCCCCUUUAAAUGCCCUUUCUGUAACAACUUAGACACAAGAAAUCAUUGUUACAUAUCUUGCGAUUUUAGCCAUAAGCUCUGGUUGCAUUACAACAAUCUUUUUCAAAUUGGGACUCACACAAAUGAGACUCUUAAUGUUGUUCUGAAAAGUUGGUUUACAGCUCCGGAUGAUUUUCCUAAUCUUAAAAGCCAGGUUGCAAUUUAUAUUUGUUGGACUAUUUGGAAUAGGAGAAAUGCUUACGUUUUUGAAGAUAAUGAUCUUCCGGUCAUUGAGGCUAUUAAUACUAUUAAUAAGGAAAUUCAGGAUGUAAGUAUUGCCAGACCGUUCGUCACCAUCCAUGUCAACCCUCCCUUGGAUGGUAUUAGCUUUAUCACCCCUAAGAUGAAACCCAAAACUCAAAAACCCCAUACUGCCCAUUGGGACAACCCUCCCAAGGAUUUCAUCAAAAUAAACAUUGCCAUUGGAAAUAUGCAGGGUGGGAAUAUUCUUUCGGGAAUUAUUAUUAGGAAUGAUCAAGGCGAACCUAUUCACCUUGAGUCUCACAUGCAUCAAAAUGAGGACCUUGUUGCUAAUGUUCUCCGGACUCUACAAGGAUCCAAACAACCCAGAUGGAAAGCAUUAGCUAAUUUGAAAGGAUUUAAAGAGAAGUUCCAGAAUGACAAUCUCCGUUUUGCGCACAUCAAUAAAAUAUGUAAUCGUGCUGCUAGAUUUGUUGCUAGUAAUGCUGUUUUCUUUGAACGCAACUCAAACAUUUACUGCAAAUUUGUAGGUAUUGUAAAGUUUGAUGCAAUUAGCUACCCG